AUGGAAACAUCGCGGCAUUCCGAGACUCUCAAUCCAUGUUCUACACGCUACGCGUGUGCAUCCAUACAACUGGGAGACAGCCAAAUGGAAUGAGCGACAAUCACGUAUCCGUGUUUCUCUUACUUGGAGAGAAUGAAGGCUCCGUUCGACUGAAUAUGACGACCGAAGAGGGUGAUCGGUCAGGGGUCCUUGUCUGGUCACAAGAGGUUUAUCAGCUCUCAAACUCUCAGAUCACGCAUUUUGAUUAUCGACUGCGCUAUACUAUGCAAGUCGGUGCACUUUAUGCUUGGAUCCGUUCAUGGGGUUUGCAAAGAUAUGUGUUCUCUGGCGGUGGCUCCGGCUGCCGUUUCUGGGUGUACACUUUACUAUUGAAGUUGAAAGAAAUACAGUAUUUGGAUGAUGGAUUACCCGAGGACGCCUGGCACAAGCUAUCGUGGCAAUAUUCCCGCGAAGCAGCACCAAGAGUAAUCGAAAUCAAACAAGGCACAUGGCUUUCCCUGAAGGAAUGGGAAGACGAAUGGGAGUAAACAGGUGCCUAGCAACCUAAGCCUCACCCAGCAAUUUGAUGUCCAUCUACUGCAUGAGAGCUGAUGAGACGCCAGCAGGCGGUCCACCGCAGGUAGUACAUGGCCUGCUCUCAGACUUCUUCUUUCUUCCAAGGACUGUGGGUAGACUGGAGAGGCUCAGAAUAAUACUUGAUGGGGUUUAUAUCUACUCACUAAGCGUAUUUUUCGCCUAGAUAGUAAGCAUGC